AUGAUAUUAAAAAUCGUAUAUACAGCAAAAUAUUUCUUCUUUUUUACUUCUUCUAAUUCUAAAAAAUUAAUAAAGUUAUCAACAAAACGUUCAGUUCUUUGUUGUUCAUUAACAUUUUUCCAAUUAGGAAAUGACAGUAGAAACAUGAUUAAAAAAAAUAAUUCGUGCAUCAAAAAUCCUCCUGUUAUUAGUAUAGCAGUGCUUCUUAUACGAUAA